GCCGCAGCAGCAGCAGCAGCAUAGCACGGCUCUGCGCGCCGACUACAAGAGGGUUAAAAGUGUAGAUUGGAUUUCACCCCGGGAAAUCGAGCGCACGGAGUGAACUUGAAUCUUUGGCUAUUUAAGGAGGACUGGGGUUUGUUGUGGAGUUGUGGUGAUUCAGGGCAGAGCCCCGUCCUGAUUGAUUUCAUCUUCCUCGAGUCUCAGAUGACUGUAAAAUGAACAGAUGAAAUUAUUCCUUUUUUGAGGCUUUUUCUUAGGGGCUCUCCGGGCAGCGCGUUUGCAAAAGCGAAGUCAUGAUGUAUUCUCCAAUCUGUCUCACUCAGGAUGAAUUUCACCCGUUCAUUGAGGCACUUCUUCCGCAUGUCCGUGCAAUUGCCUAUACUUGGUUCAACCUCCAGGCUCGAAAGCGCAAGUACUUCAAAAAACAUGAGAAACGAAUGUCAAAGGACGAGGAAAGAGCAGUUAAGGAUGAGCUACUAAGCGAAAAGCCCGAAAUUAAACAGAAGUGGGCAUCCAGGCUCCUCGCCAAGCUGCGCAAAGAUAUUCGCCAAGAGUUCCGGGAGGAUUUUGUGCUCACAGUGACUGGGAAGAAGCACCCGUGCUGUGUAUUGUCCAAUCCUGACCAGAAGGGUAAGAUUAGGAGGAUCGACUGCCUGAGACAGGCUGACAAAGUCUGGCGUCUGGAUCUAGUCAUGGUGAUCCUGUUCAAAGGCAUCCCCUUGGAAAGUACGGAUGGAGAGCGGCUCAUGAAAUCCCCACAUUGCACAAAUCCAGCACUUUGCGUCCAGCCACACCACAUAACAGUAUCAGUCAAGGAGCUUGAUUUGUUUUUGGCAUACUACGUGCAGGAGCAAGCAGUCGACAAUUUACUCAAAUAUUUUGCAGUGACUUUAAGCAGCAGAACAGUCUGGUAAACGUGAACCUUUUCUACGAAAGCACUGAACUUAACAGUUUAAUUACAAACACUUUUUAUCUUCAAAUCUUUUUUGUGAAGAAAAGUUUGAAUGAUAGAUUGAAUGCAUGUAUAUUGCAGGACCUAACUUACUGAUUAAUUCUAAUGGAUUUACCUGCCGGUAAAAGUCAAAAGUACAAAGGCAGGCAAAAUAGCUUAAGUAGCUCUUGAACCAAAGAGGCUGGGGUCAUGGUACUCCUACACUCUUGAUUUUAAGUUGUUGGAUAGCUUGAAAUUGGAGAAGGAAUUGCGGAACGUAGCUGAUUUCAUUGAUUUAAACAAAUAGAGAAUAUUAGUUUAUUCAAAAUAUUUGCCUAAACAGAAAUGAGAAAGAUAAGCAUGCUGUAAUAUUAUGACUUCAAAGGUUACAAGAAGCCACUCUGCGAAUAUACUGGAAGAUGAAACUGGCGAAUUUUUUUGUAUCAAGCUACCCUUAGCAGAAGCCAUUGUUUAUUGCAAACUGUAUGUAUUUUGUAUCUCUCGUGCUGCUUCACAGUUAAACUUUUGCUAACAUCUGUUUGCUCUCUUGAAGAAGUCAUAUUCAGUUAUCUUUGUGUAUUUUUCCCCAUUUUGCCACUUUGAUUCUCUGCUCUCAGUGAAUGCAGGUUAAUUGGACUUCGCAGUGUACUUGAUUGAGAGCAUCAGACUUGAAAAAGAUACGCAUGAAGUAAACCAAAAUGCUGCAUUUUACGCAUGCUGUUUUGCUCUAUAUUUCUCUUUUAGAAUACUAAAAUCCGCCUAAUAGCAUCAUAUGAAAAACUAAGCAGAGAAAUUGAAACAAAUGACUGAACGAAAUACGAAGAAGGAAUUAAUGCACAAAAUGAAGAAAGGGGCCAAAUAGUUUGUUUUUUUUUUUUUUGUUGCUUUAUAAAAGAAGAUUAGAGGAAAAAGGAGGAGGAAGGAUAGUUCGAGUGCCAGUGAUGGUUGCCAGUGGCACCAGGAUUGGCAUCAGACCUUCUUUGUUUAGCCUAGGAUGCCUGUGAUUUGUUGGUUGGCAUCCGCAUUGCAGUGCAGAGUAAUGUUACAAUAUAUUGACAAUUUCCAGAUCUAGAAGUGUCAGUAAUUCUUUCAGUUCUUAAUGACUACUUCCAUGUCUGCCUUGAAGUAAGAAAUAAGGACUUAAGCAUUAACCUAUCAAGUUUUGUGGUUGACCAACUUUAUCUGGUUCUCCUUUUUGCCCACCUCUGUCAGAAUUCAGCAUCUUUUUCCCCCUGUUCUCUUUCUACGACCCUCUUGUGCUUUAGAAUCUUAAAAAAAAAAAAAAAAAAAAAAAAAAAAGGCUUAACAUAGAGUUACAAAGCUGCUCCUUUGACUGAAAUGGAGGAAGAAAAUUGGAUGGACACAGUAAUCAAUGUUUAGUGUCAAAAUAAUUUUUGUUCAUAAUACACUUCUACAGGGCUCUGCUUCUGCAUCAGUGCCCUGUUUACUCCGCCUGAGUUUUUAAAAACCUUAAACCUUGAAAAUGUCAAGGGUAUUGUUUCUAAUGAUAAAAAUGAUUUUUGUUUCUUGUUACUUUCUCUUUUCUUUCACGCUUUCAUUCUUUCUCUUUUUAUCUGGCAUCACAGAGUAUCUGUCGUUUGCUAUGAAAUGCGUCUGAGUCCAAAAAAUCAUUUGAUGAUAUUUGACUCAAUCAGUGCAGCGCUUAUGCUGCGUUCCCGUUGCUACAAGAACCGCCAUUUUGUUUGUCAAGUGCCAGGAGAGGAGGAAAAAAAAAAAAAAGAGGCAGACAAUGUGCUUGAUGCCAAUAAUGGUUGCCAGUGGCACCGAGGUUGGCAUCAGACCCUCUUUGUCUAGUUGCUGAAUGCCUUUGAUUCGUUGGUUGGCAUCCGCAUUGCAGUGGGCACAUUGGAAAGUUUUUGACAAUCAGUGAAUGAAAGCUGCAGUACUUGUUUGCUGCAACAGAACCCAGAUAAUAUAAAUCCCUUCUUCUGAGAGAUGUUUUGCUUAAACUUACAAUGGCUGAUAAAAAAAAAAAUAAAAUCGCACCGCUCUUUUUAAAAAAUAUAAAAUAUCUACAGCAAUGGAUCUCAUCUGCAGAAUUCCUGAUCCUCAUGUUGUCUCUGCUGUUUUUCUUCCUGGCAGCAUAAAUAAAAUGCAGAGCAUUUUAGCAGAUAGUGAAUGAAGCAUAAUAGGCAUAAGAAAUACUUUGGGAGUAUAAAGGACUCAAGCAAUGGUAAAUGUAAAUGGUAAACAUUUUAAAGUGUGUAACGCGUGUGCCUCUCGGAGUAUAUCUCUCAGAUCAGUCAUGUUGCUGUUUACACUCUCCUUUGUCCUUGUGCAAGACUGGUAUAACUGGGGGAGCCUGCAUCCCCAGCUGUUAAUAAAAUGUGAAGUUGAGGGGAGGAUCUUUUAAACUAUCCAAGAAUGAGAGCAGAAAAUAGAUGCAGAUGUCCUACGUCUGGUACUGCUCAGGCACUCCUGAUUUAAGUUCUUUACACAUCAAGAUGUUGCUGUUCCAGCUGCGGGAUUUCUGCUACCAGCAAUUUGGUGAAAAGACUAAAUCAUUUGUGCUGGAAGUUUCCUAGAUAGCAUUAAUAUUGCUUUCCGGUUAACUGCUAUUAUCUCAUUAAUUAAUAAGGAGGAUUAGCAAGCCCUUCCCAAAGGUCCGCGCAGAAGGAAGCCUGGCCUAUGCGAGCCCCGGGAUCACCAGGCUGUGUCCUGCAUCUCCGGAGGUCGUGGGAGAAAGGAAGGGGAGAGAAAAACGUCAA